AUGGCGUCCUUGUCAGACACCAACUUGCCCACAACUGAGGAACGCCAAGCACACUACAUCGGCAUCGACGUCGGUACAGGCUCUGCUCGAGCUUGCAUCAUCGACUCCGAGGGGGAGAUCAAGGGUCUGGCCGCUCAGGAGAUCAAGUUGUGGCAGCCUGUCAGCGGCAUUGAGGCGUCCCACUAUGAGCAAUCGACUACAGAUAUCUGGGAUGCAAUCUGCUACUGUGUGAAGAAAGUGGUCACAGACUCCCUGGUCAAGCCAGACAGUAUCAAGGGCAUCGGGUUCGAUGCGACUUGCUCUCUAGCAGUCUUUACUCACGACACAGAUGAGCCAGUGCCCGUGACUGGCCCGGAUUUUUCAAACGAUGGUAACGAUCGCAACGUGAUUCUCUGGCUCGACCACCGGCCGAUCGAUGAGACAGAGAAGAUCAAUGCCACCGGCCACAAUCUUCUCCGCUACGUCGGCGGCACCAUGAGUGUGGAGAUGGAGAUCCCGAAAGUGCUGUGGCUCAAGAACCACAUGCCUCCCGAACUAUUCGACCGUUGCAAGUUCUACGAUCUCGCGGACGCCUUGACGCACUUGGCGACUGGCAAAGACACCAGGAGCUUUUGCAGCACCGUUUGCAAGCAGGGCUUCGUGCCUGUGGGUGUAGACGGCAGUGUCAAGGGCUGGCAAGUAGACUUUUACCACUCCAUCGGUUUGGGCGACUUGGUGAAAGACAACUUCAAGCGCAUGGGAGGAGUUGACGGGGUGAACGGCACAUACACAAGCGCUGGAGAGCUUGUUGGGCCACUGUCCGAGAAAGCUGCGAAGCAGCUGGGCCUGCCCGCCGGCAUUGCCGUAGGCAGUGGCGUUAUUGACGCGUACGCCGGAUGGAUCGGAACCGUAGGCGCCAAGGUCAAGCUCGGUCCGGACCACCUUGAUGAAGAUCACGCCAAGAACGAUGUGAGCCAGGCCUUCACUCGGCUCGCUGCCGUGGCGGGAACCUCCACUUGCCACCUCGCCAUGUCCAAGGACGCUGUCUUCGUCCCUGGCGUUUGGGGGCCGUAUCGAGAUGUGCUGAUCCCAGGCCACUGGAUGGCGGAGGGCGGGCAGUCGGCGACGGGCGAGCUGCUAAAGUACAUGCUUGAGACGCACCCGGCGUAUGCCGAGACAUUUGCCAGUGCUAAGGCAUUGGGCAAGAACAUUUACGAGUUCCUAAACGACCACCUGCAUGAGCUGAACGAACAGACCGGCUCCCCGUUCAUGGGCUACCUAACUCGGCACUACUUCUUCUACGGCGACCUUUGGGGCAACCGGUCGCCCAUCGCAGAUCCCAACAUGAGGGGCGCGGUGAUCGGCAUGAGCAGCGACAAGACGCAGGACGGGCUCGGGCUGCUGUACUACUCGGUGAUGGAGUUCAUCGCGCUGCAGACGCGGCAGAUCAUCGAGAAGAUGAAUGAGUCCGGGCACACGAUCCUCAGCAUCUUCAUGUCAGGCAGCCAGUGCCAGAACGACAUCCUGAUGGACCUCAUCGCCACGGCGUGCGACAUGCCCGUCCUGGUGCCCAAGUACGUCAACGCGGCGGUCGUGCACGGGGCGGCGAUGCUGGGGGCCAAGGCCGCCAGUGCGGGCGAGGACGGCCAGACGGAGCCUCUGUGGGACAUCAUGGAUCGCAUGAGCAAGCCGGGCAAGACGGUCCGUGCCGACCAGAACCCGGCUAAGAAGAAGCUGCUUGAGGCAAAGUAUCAGGUGUUCCUGGAGCAGUGCCGGACUCAGCGGGAGUACAGGCAGAAAGUUGACGCAGCCCUCAAGGAUGUCGUGAAUGGGAACGGAAGUGUCAACGGGAAAUAA